AUGACUGCGUUUAUAUAUGCUGCGGUGGGGCUCUACCCCGGGGACGAGGCCGCGGCGCGGCCGGAGGUCGUGGGCGGGCUGUCGCGGCUGCUGGCCCUCGCGCCGGCCGCGCGCGGCGCGUGCCGGCUGGGGUGCACCUGCGGCGAGGAGGAGUCGGCGCUGUUUGCUCAGUACGCGGUGCAGGCCCGGCGCAACGCGCUGGGGGCGCUGCUGACGCUGGUGGUAAGGCACCCCGCUGUCGCGGAAGCUCUGUCAAAGGACGACGCCGCCCUCCGCGCCCUCACGGCCAUCAUCGGGCCGCCGCGGCCGGGGCUGUUUGGGGCCGCGCCGGAAGCCUACGCGUCCGACCCCGGGCCCAGUGAUGAGGUCGUGAUGGCGCUGACGCUGCUGGCGGUCGUCGCGCGCGGCGGCAUGUUCCGACGCGCGGCCAUAGCGCUCACGCCCGGCGCGCGCGCCGCGCUGGCGGGCCUGCUGACGCCGUCCCCGGCCGACCCCCGCAUCCGCUGCGCGGCCGUCGUGUGCGGCGCGGCGCGGCUGCUGGCCGUGAUGCUGGAAGCGAAGCCUGGGGAGGAGAUGAGCGGGCCCUUCAUCACCAGGGGGCUCGACCAGGCCGCGCGCGCGCCGCUGCUGGCGUCCCUCUCCGCACUCGCCGCCGGCGGCGGCGCGGCGCGGUUCGGCGCCACGGCGUCGCCGCGGCUGGUGGCGUCGGGCGCGCUGGAGCGGUGCGCGGCCAACGCAAGCUUCUGCUAUGAGCAGCUGCAGAUGUUUUUUAAUGCGAACAUCAUGUCUCUCCUGGGAGGGGCAUCCAAGUCAUGA